CAAGAUUGUCUGUGUUUGGCUAAAAGUGUAUUCGGGUCGCACGUACUUCAAGACACAGACACCCUUGAUCAUUGUCGUGGAAUCAAUAUAAUGGCGCUGCUCAGAGGUGUAUUUGUUGUGUCGGCCAAGCGCACCCCAUUUGGCACCUAUGGCGGCGUGCUGAAGGACCACACUGCCACGGACUUGGCAACACAUGCUGCCAAAGCAGCCCUGGCUGCUGGGGGUGUGGCUCCAGAGCUGGUCAACAGCGUCAUCGUGGGUAACGUCAUGCAGAGCUCUGCUGAUGCAGCCUACAUCGCUCGCCACGUGGGCCUGAGGUGCGCGGUGCCCAUCCCGGUGCCCGCGCUGACCGUCAACCGGCUGUGCGGCUCCGGCUUCCAGUCCAUCAUCAACGGUGCCCAGGAAAUCCAACUGAAGGAGUCCGAGGUGGUGCUGUGCGGAGGCUCAGAGAGCAUGAGCCAGGCACCGUAUGCCGUGCGUAACGUUCGCUUUGGAACCAAGUUUGGAUUUGAUCUGAAGCUGGAGGACACUCUGUGGGCGGGGCUUACCGACCUGCACAUCAAGAUCCCGAUGGGCAUCACAGCUGAGAACCUGGCUGAGAAGUACGAGAUCACCAGAGAGGCGUGCGACCAGUACGCACACCACACCCAGCAGAAGUGGAAAGCUGCCCACGAGGGUGGCCACUACACAGCUGAGAUUGCGCCCAUUGAAGUGAAGGGUAGGAAGGGCAAGGUGGCCAUGACCCAGGACGAGCACCCACGCCCACAAACCACUCUGGAGCAGAUGGCCAAGCUGGCGCCCGUCUUCAAGAAGGGAGGAACGGUCACGGCUGCCAACGCAUCCGGAGUGUCCGAUGGGGCUGCUGCCGUGGUGAUAGCCAGUGAGGAUGCGCUGAAGGAGCACAAGCUCACCCCAUUAGCCAGAAUAGUGGCCUAUCACAUCUCAGGCUGCGACCCAAGCAUCAUGGGAAUUGGCCCUGUUCCUGCUAUCACUGAAGCUCUGAAGAAAGCAGGUCUCACUCUGCAAGACAUGGAUUUGGUAGAGGUGAACGAGGCGUUCGCCGCCCAGUACCUGGCGGUGUCCAAGGCGCUCGGCCUGGACCCAGAGAAGUGCAACGUGAACGGAGGUGCCAUCGCCAUCGGACACCCCCUGGGGGCCUCUGGAGCUCGCAUCACUGCACACCUGGUGCAUGAGCUCAGGCGGCGGGGAGGCAAGUAUGCUGUAGGAUCUGCCUGCAUCGGAGGAGGACAGGGCAUCGCCAUCAUCAUCGAAAACACCCAGUGAAGAACAAACCCUUUGCACUAAAAAGUGCACUUUCUUCUGUUGUCCGUACUCUGAAGUGUACUACUUCAGCAGUAUGCAUGGCAAAUCGAAUACGGCUGGCUGGUGUCCGCAUACUUUUUGCCAUGUACUCCAUAGACUGCUUUCAUUGAAAUAUUCAGAUAUGCCAUCAACACAUUCAGUGCAACAACACACACCAUCGACUUGCUCAAACAUUAGUCUUUUUUUUUUUUUUUACUUGAUUCACAUCAAAUACACUUGUGAAGACACUCCAACAUGGUCUGUGUUCAGUAUGGUAGUAUGUGUAAGAAAAUGGUGGGUAGUAUGUGUGAAAAAAUAUACUUUUUUAACAACUUCAUUAUUCAAGAUGAUUGUAUUAACCAUUAACCUUCUGGUAAAGAGGCCUUACAAUGUUAAAGGGCUAACUUAAGUAUGUUAGACUGGUUCUGCGUGUGCCUUGAAUACACUGCUUGCUUAUAAGGCAUAACUACCUCUAGAAUAAAAACCAUUGAAUAAGGACAAAGUUUUUUUUUUAAAUGUAACUUGACUGUUUGUGACAGUACAGAUUCUACCCCACUUCUCUCUCUCUUUCUCUUUAUUGCCCCUUCACUCCAUGGCAGGGAUGCACACAGUGCCCAUUGCCCAAGAAGAAUGUGUCAAUACUGUGGACCCUACUAUACAGGAUAAUGUUGUUUAUCAUAUCAAUAAACUUUUGAUUUCGAA